AUGCUUUUCAACACACAGAGCACCCUUGUGGUGUCGACUGCCCUCUUUGCGGCCAGCUCAGUAGCUCAGGACGGCUUCAAGGUUAUUCCUCGCGGCUCAGCCAACGGAAAACUCGUCGGUUGCUACUCCAGCGCUCCUGGUUAUGGUUCAUCAAAGGACUACACCUACCAGAGUUCUGGUUGGUGUUUGAACAAGUGUUACAGCGCCAACAGCGCUGCAUUUGCUCUGACAGGCGGCUCGACCUGUAUGUGCGGUGACACGCUACCACCCGACAGCGACAAGGUGGACAGCGGCAAGUGCAACAAGGCAUGCACUGGUUGGCCCUCAGAUAUGUGCGGUGGCACCGACUACUACUCCAUCUACACCACGAACUAUGAAGAGGAUGUCCCAACCUAUUCUGAAUCUAGCUCAACCACUACCACCAGCAGCGGCGGAUCGAGCACCACGAAAACCGAUGCCGCUAGCACCGCUGUUUCGUCCACAUCUAGUCAACAGACAACUGAAGUGACAUCCCCCAAAGAGAGCAGCGCAAGUGCAUCUGUUGAGGCAAAGACAAAGAGCAGUCACAACACUGCUGCGAUCGCAGCCGGAGUCGUGAUUGGUGUCGUUGGAUUCGCCGCCCUUUGUGGUGCUGCUUUCUUCUUCUGGCGGUCCAAGAAGAACAAGACCAACACUGCGUUCGGUGGUGGCACCACUGGCGGCUACGGCCGCGACUCGAGCCCGCCCUCGAUGACCGACUCUCGGUUCGAUGGCGACUACAUGGCACAGCGCCGCCAAAGCAAUGGCAGCAUUGAUGACGACCACGACUUCUCUCGUCGGAUCCUGCAGGUGACGAACCCCGAUCGCUAA